CUCUCUCUCUCUCUCACUAGUUCUCCAUGGCAAAAGGAAUGGGACUGACGGCCCUUAUUGUUGUUGUUGUCCUCCUUCAUCAAACUUGCAAUACAAGUGCUCAGGAUCACUGUCCUCCUUCUUCUUGCGGCUCCAUCCUUAACAUAAGUUAUCCGUUUCGAUUAACGAGCGAUCCCAAAAACUGCGGCAAUCAAAGGUAUAAUCUUUCAUGUGAGAACAACCAAACACUAUUGUUACACUUAUAUGAUGGAAGAUACUACGUUCGACAAAUCAAUUACACCGGCUACUCAAUCAGAGUUGUAGACCCAGGUAUUGGACUCAACGCUACUGAGUACUACUCCAUCCCUCGUUAUUUUCUAGAAUAUAAUAAUUUCAGUUCUGGAGAUCCAUAUCGAGCAUUUGAUACUAAUAUGGCAGUGUAUUUCGUGAAAUGUGAAAAGCAAGUGAAUUCUCAGUAUCAUCUAAACAUUUCUGCUUGCUUUGAGGGUGGAGUGUAUUCUUCCAAGAGGUAUACAUAUGCUCUAUUCGAGAUUAAAGCCAAUGCAUCGAAAUAUCGUCCUGCACUGGAGUUGGGGGACUUGUGCCAAGUAGAGCAAAUAUCUCUCAUACCCUGGCCAGAUCGUUAUUAUUAUGAAGAUGACUUAAGAAAUAUUUCCUGUACAGACUUCCACAAUGAAUUGCUACGGGGUUUUGAGCUUUCCUGGGGUACCACGCGAUUUGGCAAGGAAGGAAUCCUUGAGAAGAUAUAUGAUUUUAUUGAAGGAAUACUAUAUCGAGUGUUCACCUUCGUAUUAGAUCAUCUACCAGUACCACUACGACGACGACUAUAUGAGCUAUCAAAUCAACUAGAAGACCGAAUACUACAACGAGUAUAUGAGCGAUUUGGCAACAACGCUCUUCCAAUUUAUUUACUGACGUACAUGACAAUUGACUAUGGACUGUUCCAAGCAGCAAAAAUGAUAUUGGGGGCUCCAUUUGUGAUUGCAUUCUUGAUACAUAAAUGGAAUAGGAGACAUUUAUCCAUGUAUGAUGUUGUCGAAGAAUUUCUACAAAGUCACAAUAACCUCAUGCCAAUAAGAUACUCUUAUUCCGAAAUUAAGAAGAUUACCAAAAGUUUCAAGGAGAAAUUGGGUGAAGGAGGUUAUGGCACUGUUUUUAAAGGAACACUUCGAAGUGGUCGUCUUGUGGCUAUAAAGAUGUUAGGCAAGUCCAAAGCUAACGGACAAGAUUUUAUAAGCGAAGUUGCAACUAUUGGAAGGAUUCACCAUGUUAAUGUAGUGCAACUCAUUGGUUUUUGCGUUGAAGGAUCGAAACGGGCUCUUGUAUAUGAGUUCAUGCCUAAUGGUUCCUUAAAUAAAUACAUAUUUUUGUCAGAAGUACGCACGCUCCUAAGCUAUGAUCAAAUGUUUGAUAUAGCUCUAGGAGUGGCUCGUGGGAUUGAAUAUUUACAUCAAGGAUGUGACAUGCAAAUUUUACAUUUUGAUAUCAAGCCUCACAACAUUCUUCUUGAUGAAAAUUUUACUCCCAAGGUUUCUGACUUUGGACUAGCAAAAUUAUAUCCAACAAAUGACAGCAUUGUUUCUUUGACUGCUGCAAGAGGGACAUUAGGAUACAUGGCUCCUGAGUUGUUCUACAAAAAUAUUGGAGGCGUCUCAUACAAAGCUGAUGUUUAUAGUUUUGGAAUGUUAUUGAUGGAAAUGGCCGGCAGAAGAAAGAACGUAAAUGAAGUUGCAGAACACUCAAGCCAAAUGUACUUCCCUACUUGGGUUUAUGACCAAUUGCAAAAUAGAAACGACGUAGAAAUAUUGGAAGACGCCACAGAUGAGGAAAAGAAAAUAGGGAAGAAGAUGAUCAUUGUUGCAUUAUGGUGUAUACAGAUGAAGCCUAAUGAUCGCCCUUCAAUGAACAAAGUUGUUCAAAUGCUUGAAGGAGAAGUUGAAUGCUUACAAAUGCCUUCCAAGCCUUUCCUUUUAGCACUAGACGAAACCGUAAUAGGUGGUGCAGAGAAUUCGAAUCAAUCAAAUGAAUCAAAUCAAUCAUCUCUAUUUUAAAUACAAAUUAAUUUAUGUAUGAGUCUUUUGAUUUAUUAUAUCUCUGUUCAAGGAGAAAAUUAGUUUUCUCAUAUAUAUUUGAUAGCACAAAGAUGCUUAGUAUUUCUGUAUAACAAAUAAGAGUUUGUUUGAUUUAAGAUAA